AUGUAAUUUUUUUUGAAUCUAAUAAUUCUACANUAAUAGAGAUUUUCAGUUUUAGCUGAAAAUAAUUUUAGAGGACCUUUAAUUUUAUAAUGUGAUAAUAUUUUAGCCUUGCUUUUUGAAAUCGAAAAUAAAUCUAGAGAUCAAAUCAACAUUAUUUCAAAUUUUAUUGAAAAUGGAAUUAAAACUAUAAGAUAUUCAUCACAUUAUGUAUAAUUUAUAAAAUUAUUUAGAAUUAAAUAAGUAUUACCUUUGAAAAAUAUUUUAACACUUAAAAAGGCAUUAAAAAUAUAGAAAUUAUAUUUGACAAAACUGUGAAAAAAACUAAUAAAUUAGAUGAUUCCAUCAAACCUAAAAGUAUAGAGUAUAGAAAACUUAUUAAUGCAUAAAUUUAAGAAUAAGAAAGGGAAAAACUACAUGCUAUUUAAGCAGGUCUUUCUAAUAAAGUUAAUAAAUAGCCAGAGUAUUUAUAUUUUCAAUUAAAUUAGAACUGUAUCUCAUAACAAUAUAAUGUAAAAAAAUUAUAAAGUUAAACGAAGAAAAUCCUUUUCUUUAAAAUAAUAGUAACUUAUGAUGCUUUCUUAAUAAGUUCAGAAUCAUGAAUUUCUUCAAUAAAAUCCUAAUCUAAAUAAUUUAUUUAAUGAUUAAUAAUAAAUCAAAAGUAGUAGACAUGUUAAAAUGAAUACAGAACCAAAACCUUAACCUAGAAUUAAAUAAGAUGAUGAUUUUGAUAAUGAUUAGAAAGCCCAAAAAAAUCAAUUUAAUUAAAUUUAAGUUAGAAAAAUAUUACAUCCAUCUUUAGAUGAAUAAUUCUUAGGAUAGAAAAGAAUUUGGAUUCCAGGAUUCUUGAAUUAUAAAUUAAUAGAUGUUUAAUCUGGUCUUACUUCAACAAGAAAAGGUAGUCGGCCUUUAACUGAUCGCUUAUGA